AUGAUCCCUGAUCCGAACGCGCUUCCACGGUCAAGCUCCCCCGCGAAUUCCGAAAGCUCUACGCGGUCGUGGCUAGUACGAGGGAAGGAAGAAACGUUCAAGAAAAACAAGAAUUACCGUCGUUAUGCGUCCAGCGUUGAACGAGCACUCUCCUUGUUCGACAGCGAAUUGCAAGAAUGGGCUGAUUAUAUCUCCUUCCUUAGCCGUCUUCUGAAGGCGCUCCAGUCCCAUCCGCCGGACCUGCCCAUGGUCCCUCGCAAAGUCACCGUGUCCAAGAGAUUAGCGCAAUGUUUGAAUCCCUCGCUCCCGUCAGGUGUUCAUCAGAAGGCCCUUGAAGUCUAUUCGUAUAUAUUCGGGUUGAUUAAGCCAGAAGGAUUGUCGCAAGACCUGCCUUUGUACCUACCCGGUAUCGCUCCUGUUCUCACAUUUGGUUCACUUUCAGUUCGUCCGCUAUUUCUAUCUUUGAUAGAAACGCACAUAUCAUGCUUGGAACCAGGGGUUAUUCGUCCGGCUUUGAAAGCUAUUCUUUUGGCUCUACUGCCCGGGCUCGAAGAAGAAACAAGCGACGAUUUUGAGCCGACUUUACGGCUUGUCAAUAAAUUCCGCAAUGUUGCGAGCCAGAUGACCACGGGGAAAACCAGCGAAGUUGACGGUAAAGCUCAAUAUUUUUGGCAAUCCUUGUUUCUCGCAUCCAUCACUGCUCCCAGCAGACGACUCGGCGUCCUAGCAUACUUGAACCGGUAUCUCCCAAAAUUGGGUAUUGCAGACCGAAGAGGGAGCGCACCAGAUGUGAACAGCCCGCAAGAACUCCCGCAGGACAUGAUGGCUGCGGCAAACUCGGUGAUCUCGCCGGAGCCUGGGUUGCUUAUUCGUUGCUUUGCGUCAGGACUUGCAGACGAGAAUCUUCUUGUCCAAAGGAACUUCCUUGAUCUACUGGUGACUCAUCUACCCCUCAACUCUCCAAUUCUGCAGUCCAGAAUAACAGAGGACGAUCUCGAGAGACUAGCUGCUGCUGCUGUGGGAGUAGUCAUCCGUAGAGAUAUGAGUUUGAAUAGGAGGCUAUGGGCAUGGCUUUUAGGUCCUGAACCAACAAGCGAACCCACAGAUGGGACUUCUAACGACUCUCCAUAUUCCAAGAACCAUAGUUCUGCGGUUUUUGAUAACCGAGAUCUUUCGCAGUCCCAGUAUUUUAGUCGGCAUGGCUUGAAACCUCUUGUCAACAGUCUUCUCAAAAUGAUUGAAAAGAACUCCAGACUACCCCCUGAGAGGGCGAGGCCUUUUCGGAUAUCCCUUUCCUUAAUGGACCGAUGGGAGGUAGGCGGCUUCAUAGUGCCUGCGGUCUUUCUCCCCAUCAUACGAAGCGUCCAGAAAUUUGAAAAUACAGCUUCCUCUAGAAGCCAGUUUGACGAAGUUUUCCGCAGCGCCAGCGCCUUUUUCGAUGGGGUUGAAAGUGGAGUUAUAUUCUCCGAGCUGCUUAAUCUGGUGGACUGGAGACCCGAAAAGAUUGAAACUGACAUUGACAAAAUAUCACUCGAUCUGGAGCUUGCUCACUUUAUCCUAGAAAAUUUCAAUGUCCACGAAGAAGAUAUGCUCCUCGUCCAUGUCCCUUUGCUACUCUUAUCGGCCCUUGUGAAGAUGAGAGAGCUAUUUGCGACGAGAGAAGGCUCCCCAAAAAUGCUUUCGAACAGAGAAGUUGCUUUGAAAGCGCUGGUGAAAGUGAUAAAUUCGUUGCUUGAGCUGCUCAUCGAAAGAGCCUUUACAAGGAAAGCAACUCCUGAAAAGAAGGAUGCGAACGGCCCUUCAGCUGUCGAAAUCGAAAAGGCCGACAUCCUCAGGAAAGUUCAUGAUUUCUAUGACCAAAGCAAGAGCAGUCUCGACCUUCCCUCACCUCCCUUCGCUCCAAAACUCAUGAGUGAAUUAAUCCUCCGGGAAUCUUAUGAACUUGUCAUAUUAGCGGUUGAAAGUCUCGACGACGCUUUUUUGUUUCAAGAACAGAUCUCUCUCCUCAUUUCUCUGCUGAAAAAGCUACCCAAGUCACACAUAUUUCGAGAUAGACGUUUUUACUCGGCCAUUCUCACACCUCUGCAAAUGGGCUUAGCCAGACCAUCCUCGGCUUUCUUCUCCGUCAUUUCUUCAAUAACCUCCGCAGUAACAAGUCUCUACUUUAUCCUGAAACCCGGCUACUAUAUCAGUUAUGAAGAUAUAUCUGAGUUGAUUCCCGCUCUUGUUGGCUACUUCUGGCAAUUUCUGUCACCAUUGAGUCCAAAAUUCCACGUUGAAGCCGUUCGAUGUUUAUGGCUCCUGCAUUCGGUGACACACCUUGAUCACCUCGUUGAGGCUUCUAUAACAUCUUUGAUGGUCCAAUCGCCAGGUAGCGGCUCAUUUCAUUCUUCGUCACGCAAUCAAGCUGAAAGAUUCUAUGUUCUGUGGAACCAUAGCCAUAAUGGCAGUUAUGAACCUCCCCGGAAGCAGGAUAAUGAUUCCACUAGCCAGUUCGCUUAUUACUCCUCAAUGCUUGAGCGACCACUUUUCAUCGUGCUCGAUCUACUUUCUCAAGCGCCGAACGAGUCCUCUCAUAAUGUUCAGAGGUGGCUGCACGAUCUUUCAUCUAUUCCGAAGUUACUACGUAUUGUAAUUAGCAGGCUCGAUCUUCUCUUUCUGCAGGUGGACCGCAGCGAGGCGGCUAAUGAGGAUCUCUCCAUAUCCCCCGAUGAUUUCAAGGAAUGUAACUAUCUACUGCAGACAAUGUCUAAUGUCCUAUCCUCACUCUCCCACAAUGGCUGGAUUACGCUCCUUACCCACUCCUUCUUACCUAUUGAGAGGCUUCAUGAUGAGUCAGCGUCGAAAGAUGUCAGUGACGCGAAAAGCCUUCAUUUGACGAUUUUUGAAAUUUCGCUUGCGAUCAUUAGGAGCAGAAACUCGAGUGCAACACAGAUGAGCACCGAGGAGGAAAGACUGCAAUGCACCUCACUCUUUGUCUUACGCCAGCUUCUUCUUGGCCCUGAAGCUGACGGACUUAUCGAAUCCGGACUUGAUUCGUUGCUUAUAGAUCGGCUAUCACUUGCCCUAGACGAAGGCAGCGCUGUGGUACAAGGAGCAACUAUAGACACACUUCUUGCAGCAUUGAAAGUUCGAUUUGCUCGGACUUUUCUUCCACCACCGGCUUCCAAGCAGAAACAUAAAAGAAUGGUUUCUCGUGAUCGCUUAACAAGUGCCUCAUUGCUGUCUUUGACUAGUGACAAGGGAGAGAAAAGACCGCCAACUCCCCCGUUGCCCCAACCCCCUCCACAGCUUCUAGACUGCCUGCUUAAGGGUAUCAGCUCCCCAAAGUCUCGUGAAAUUGUGGAUAAAUGGGUUCUAUUGCUUUGUGACGUGCUCCCUCUUUACCAAGGAAGUGUGUUUCAGAUUCUUCUAAUGCUGGUGGAAUGCUUUUGUAAGGAGAUACAGCUUUCUUACACAAGACUUAAAAAGGCAUUCCAACAGACGGAGAACUGGCCCGAGGACCGAUCCGAGCAUGUUACUAUUGCGCUCCUUGCAGGCCUGGAAACCUGUAUCGCAAAUGCUCAUGAACGUCUAUUAUCGGAAGAGGGAAAUAUCCCAUUCGCUAAAAGUCCAGAUCAGCCGCAUGGAUUUUUCGGCAAUAUGGUGUCAGGAGUGUUUACGUCUGAAGGAAGCCAGACCCGCUCUACAGUCGGGAAUAAUAGACUCACAGUUCUGCUUUGUUUCCAAGACGCCGUUCGUAUUUGUUUCUCUAUAUGGUCCUGGGGUGCGACUGAACAGAACGGCCCGCCUGAGGAUGCAGAUUCGUUGGCAUCCUUCCAAUAUACCUCGCUGCGUAUGAGAAACCGGUCGCGCCGAAUCUUAGAACACCUUUUCACUGCAGAAGCCCUCGAGUGUCUUGAGACGCUAGUGGAAAUGUGGACUAGAUCAGAUGCGAAGGUCUCGGCUCUGAUUUUUAACUUACUUCACACCCUGGAUGGAUCUCGGCCAAAAAUAACGAUUCCGGCCGUGUUCAAUGCCAUUUAUACCCGGACGAACCCAAGUGCGCUUGAUCCAAGCCGCAAAUCCGCCAUGGCCUCCGAUAUCACAGAAUCCGAGCUGGCGGGCUUCUUGGUGACCUAUGCGAGGUCUCUGGACGAUGACGUUCUGGAUGAGAUUUGGACAGACUGUACAACAUUUUUACGCGAUGUCCUCAGUAACCCUUUUCCACAUCGACACAUUCUUCCGCGCUUGGUCGAAUUUGCCGCAAUUCUCGGUGCGAAGAUGGAAAAUACUAACUUUGGUGAGGAUCGGCGGAUGAGAAGGGAGCUCGGAGAUGUAUUACUACGUCUUCUCACGGCUAUAUUUACCAGCAAGCCCUUGGGACUAUCCCAGGACCCGGGACUUCUGGGCAGGCCCCUGGUAGAAAAUGAGAGGUCUUAUGUGUCGCAUGCCGGCCCAGAUGACAUGCUUAGCAUACUUGCAAACUCGCUUCCUGCGUUCAUUACCACUCUUGGUGAAACUGAUCGUAUCAGUACAGCUGUCACCAGUAUUUCCGCCAAUGUGAUAGCGCCAGUAUUCCGUUCGAGACUUUUUCCAAACAAUGUGAAUCGGACCGUUUUGGUUUUGCUACAGCAGAUGGCGAAAAUUCCAGCAGCUGCUAGGUCGUGGAAGAAAGAUGUCGCAGAUGCUUUCAACGAUGCACGUUUUUUCGGCACCCACAUUGACCUUGUGAAGAAUGGCUGGACGGACAUUUUACGGCAAUGGGUUCUUGUUGACAAGGACCGACUGCCUGACUUGAUGUCUCGUCUUCCACCUCCCAGUGCUGCAGGAAUAAUGUUCGGAGUAGGAGCAUCAGCUGCCCGUCUGGAUACUGACCGCAAGGCCCAGCUCAAUCUUCGGCGGAUUUCUCUGCUUCUUUUGGCUGCAAACGAUGAUUAUUUUGUGGGAGGGCUCUCAGGCCUUCUCCAGAAGCUAGAGGAUCUCCUUGCAGCUACAGGAUCGUCAUCGCCAUCGUCCGCUACGAGAGCAGAGAUUUUUAUGGUUCUUCGAGCGCUAGUACUCCGGAGUUCGACAGCAGCCCUGGCUCCGUUCUGGCCGUUAAUCAAUACAGAACUUCAGGAAGCCAUCUCUUCUGUGCACCAAGGGAGACAUUCGGACCUAUACAACCCAUACUCGCUACUGCAGGCCUGCAAGCUUCUUGAUACACUCCUUGUCCUUGCACCUGAUGACUUUCAGCUUCUAGAAUGGCUCUUUGUUACUGAUACUAUCGAUGCGGUUUAUCCACCAGAUCGCUGGGGGUCUGUGGCCCUUGCGGAUGAAGUGUCACAAAACCUGGGAUCUCGAGGUAUAGCAUCCCCCACGGUACCAGGGGAGAACCACGAAGUUAAUAACGCUGUGAGACGACCCUGGCUGGUAUCAGACUGGAUCCAGGAGACGGCAAAGGAUGAGAUCGUGGAGCGGGUGCUUCGACCAUUCUUCGACCGGCUCAGUAUCCAUGCCUUUGAGAGUACGUAUAGCAUGGCCAGUCCGGAUUUGGAAGCUUGCCGGGAUGACUUGCUGGCAGAUCUGUUCAACGAGAGCACAAUGGUUAACUAGACAUGCCACUGCCACUGAUGUAUAUAUAUAGCUCCUUUGUGUAAUAUGUGUCACUGCAUAAAAUGGAAAUUCGAGAACCACAUUGACUUUCCCAUCUGGAUGUCAUGGGCUACGCCCAGGCAUAUGGCAACUCAGGUCCAACGCCUGAGCACCCUGCUUGCCCUGUUUGUAUCAUUUGUUCUGUCUGUUACUGGCAUACCGUUGUCUCUCCUUCUUCCUCCCAAGGAAUCCUUCGUGUAUCUAGUACGAAAAUGAAUUUUAUAUUCGAACCUUUACACUCAUCUUCCAAAAACAGGAUUUGGGCCACCCUUUUCCAAUCCUCUUCCAAUGCAGGAGUCUACCUUCCUAGGCGUUCCUCUGUUUUCUGAAGAGAGUAUGAUUGGGUGCACAAAUUGGCAGUACCUUGUGUUCACUGCUGUUUGUCUGGGGGAGGCUCAUUGGGAUAUCUCCAAUUUCUGUUUUGAUUCUGUUGUAGCUCUUUGAGCUACGCCUUGUUGACCUGCCUGUACUAUAGCUCUACCUGCAGUCUGCCUGUCUGCGUGUUCAAUCCAAUAAAUAUCUGUUUCUGAAUCCGUUUCUUGGCCGUCCUGAACCCGUACCCUGAAAUUUUGACCCUCAGGUGGCUAUUAAUGAGCUCACAUUUGUUCCUCAGGUUCAUCUGUAAGUUCAGCCUCAAUUUUAGCCCUCAUCUGAGCAAUCUCUCUCUCUGUGAGAUUGCUGAUAAUCUCUAUCACAUUAGCAUGCCCAUCUGCACUGCUAGUUUUCGCAUAGAAUGACAAAGCCUUGGCAUAUUCUGGUUCAUUCACCCUGUAUUCCAACGCAUCUUCUUCGAUGACAUUGAGCACAGUCAUAUUACUUGAGCCUUUGACAAUGCCAUUUUCCACAUCUCCACUAAUAUGAUAGCGUACCCACACAGCAUCAUCAAACCUUCCAUCACGUAUGGCGUCAAUGUACAUGCUAGCCCAGGACUCAACUACCUGCAUUCCACCAUUCCUGUUGAGGGCUUUUUGGAUAGGGAGAUCGAGGAAUAACUGCUCCACUGGUUUUGUUUCUGAGAUAUUUGCACUCUAGCUUUAAUCAUAUAUUAGCCUGAGACUUUGCAAACAGUAAAAGUCGAAAGUUGAAUUGAAAUCAAAAUCACCUUUGGCUUUCUUGGUUAAGGGGGAUUAGAUGGAUUGGGUGGAGUAUGGAUAUAGAGGCAGCUAUGUCUUUACCCUUCUGGUUUGUGUGCGGCAAUCCUGAUCUUUCAGCACAAGGGGAAAUCAGCAGAGUGUCAGGACCCUCGCUACGUAUACUGAUGGAGGUGUAUAUGCUUGGUAACUAGCCAGCUAGCCCUCAGCUGGUGGGGUGCUAAGGAGGCCAUUUUCAGCGCCCUUGUGAAACUCAAUAGGAGCAAAUGGUGUUGCAGAUGAUGAAAGCCACAAUGCUGCCUGAGGAUUGUGUUGGUGGUACGUGAGCGAAAAGUGUGGGAGCGUGGCAGAUGAUGGUUGCUGAAAAGCCGCUGUUUUUCGCGUCACGUGUGGCCAAAAAAGGCAGCGGAAUAGCAAAACGAAAUUCUAUGGUAGAAUUUCGUUGAUAUAUGUGUAUUAUAUCAGAUAUGUCCCUUGUGUGUAGCAGUGCUAUUUCUAGGCUACAUUCUGCUGUAGAGAUGAUUGAAGUUACAUGCAAAAUAUAUCUAGUGUGUU